AUAUCCAGUAAAAAAUAAUAUUGAUAUAUUACUGUUAAUCACUUACUGAGCGUUCAAGCAUUGAAAAUUAUUAUUUAGAUAAAUACAAAUAAAUUAUUAAGAUUCCUGAGAUUUUCAAAUCAAUAAGAAACAAAUACUAAAUAAGAAUCAAUAGUCAGUUAUUGGUAUGCAACGUGAUAUUUUCUUGUGAAUUUUUACAUCUUUUUCAGCCUUACGAAUCAUUUAAUUUUCGCUUGCAAAGCAUCAGCAACGAAAAAUCGACGGGGAUCAAUUUGCAGAAAAUCAAGAAAAUAUCGAGUCCGCGAAUCUUCCGCGAGGGAAGAGAAUCAUGCAGACUUGUUCGAAACUUGUUUACGAUAAUUCGUUACCGGUGCGAGUGUCGGGUUUGUCGUAAUGCUGACAUACGCGCUGAUGCGUCCGAUCGGCAAGGAUAACGUCACGUCACAUUAUUAAUCAUUUGUUUAUCAUUUCUUUUCUCAGUGACGCGGUUGGCGCAUCGAGUGACAAUUAUGGACAAUAAGGUUUUGCCGUACUUCGUGUCCGGGGUCGUCGUCAAAGGCUUCGGCAGGGGCUCGAAGGCGCUCGGCAUCCCGACAGCUAAUUUCCCAGAAUCCGUGGUAAAUGCUUUGCCGAAGGAUCUAAGUACUGGAGUUUAUUAUGGCUGGGCAUCUUUGCACGGACAAGUUUAUAAAAUGGUCGCAAGCAUAGGAUGGAAUCCGUAUUAUAAAAAUGAGAAAAAAUCAAUGGAAGUUCACUUACUACAUAAAUUCCAAAAUGAUUUCUAUGGGGAUGAACUUAAAGUUAUUAUUGUCGGAUAUAUUAGACCAGAAAGAGAUUUCUCUUCUUUAGACAAACUUAUUAAAGAAAUAAAAAAUGACAUUGCAAUCGCUGAACAUCAGUUAGAAGAACCUGUUUUAAAUAAGUUGAAAAAUCACGAUUUUCUAAUGACAAAUCACUGACAAGAAAAAGAUAGAACUUGGAAUAAAUAUUUUUGUUACUUUCAAUUGCCUAAAUACAUAUUGCAGUUUUAAAGGAGCGAAGAUUAAAUUUUGAAAA